AGCAAGGUUACCAAUCAGAAUGAGCUUCAGGAAAAAGGGGGUGAGGCCUGGGAGAUUCGAACAGUGCCUCGAGACUUGGGGGUCAAUUCCCGAAACUGGACGGAGGAAAAGGGUCCGCGGGCUGCGCAAGUUCUGGCUCAAGCCGACUCUGCUCCUGCUAGCUACAACAUGGAGAAUUUGGAGGAAGACGUAAAGUUUAUUGUGGAUGAGACAUUUGAUUUUAGUGUGCCAUCACCUUCUGACAGCCGUGAUGAGGAGGACGCCGCUGACCUGGUGAUCCCUGAACAGCCACCGAGGCGGGGUCUGGCCCACCGGAGUGACCUGAAUACAGUGGCUGAAGAACCCCAGGGGUUAAGGCUUAGCUUAGGCCCCCUCAGCCCUGAGAAGUUGGAGGAAAUUCUUGAUGAGGCUAACCGCCUGGCAGCUCACCUGGAGCAGUGUGCCCUGCAGGAGAGGGAUACCACUGGUGAUGGCAAGGGGCGGCGGGUGAAGGCCAGUCCCCGGAGGGAAACGUUUGUGGUAAAGAACAGCCCUGUGAGAGCCCUGCUGCCCACUGUGAGCUCUUCCGUCCGUGGUGCCUCCUCUCCAGGAGGCCUGACCCCCUGCCUCCGGAGCAGUGAGAAGAAGGGGUCAGGCAAGGUUCUUCGAGCCACAUCUGGGAAGAAGCCCUCUAGCGCUAAGAAGGAGGGGCCUACUGGCAGUGUGUUCCCUACCACACGAAGCCAGCCUUCUCCCAUCAGCCGCGUCACCCCUCCAGCCCGGGGAAAAGGGGGACCCAGUGGGAAAGCGCCUGCUCUGGGCUCAGCUUCCACCACCCGGCCAGCCCUCGCCCCACAACUCCCUCCAAAUACCGUUCAGCGCCCAGCCCGGACACAGGCUCCAGCUGGCAGGCCCAGCAGGCUGCCCAUGCCUACUGCCAUCCCCAAAGCUGCUGGCCAGGCCUCACUCUCCAGCAGGAGUCCCCUGUCUGGGAAAGGCAGCCUGCCCCCAGAAUCUGCCCCACCUCGGAAAGGGUCAUCAAGGUCCAGUACAGCUGGACACCGAGUUCCUGCUACCCAGAGGUCAACCGUCCCAGUCUCCGCUGCUUCCCGAAACCAUCUGCAGUCCCCUAAGAAGGUGACAAUCCCUGCACUCACUAGGUAAUCUAUAUUGGGGCACAUUGAGCACUCAGAACUGCUGCCCCUAAGGCUGGUUGGGUACCAGGAAUGGUGCCUGAGGCUUCCCUUGCCUUACUUUUUAGAGGGUCUUAAGGAUUUGGAACUCAGCUGGGGAACCAAAUGGAGUAGGGCUGUUGGGGGCACACCAGCAAUUCAAGGAGCUCCUCAUUGUGUCUAUAGGUAAUGAGAUCAUGCCUGUGAAAGCAAACCUUAGGACCAAACCACUCCAUGGGCACCUGGGCUCAGGCCAUUCUCUCAAGCCAUCUAUCUUUCUCCAGCUUUUAAGAGGAAUUAUUUCCGUCAUUACCAUCCAGACAAAGGUCCUGGACCUACCAGACCCUGAUGCCUUGGCUCCAGAGAGCCUUGGGGGAAAAGGGGAAAUCUUGCUUGAGUUGAAUGAAGGGAAAGUAUUUCUGGGUUGAAAAGGGUAGGAGAAAUUUCUGUUUCUUGAAGUGUAAUAUAACCCCUCCCCCCCCAAAAUGAAGAGUGAAUGUAACCCCUUCUCCCUUCCCAUCUCCACAUGACCAUCCCCCUUUAGAUUUAACUCUUCCAAUGUUACUCAGCUGGGCACAACUUUGAUGAAGUGCCCACUUCCAUGGUCUCGUGUUCUCAUCUCACCUCCCAGGAGAGGUGUUUCUGAAUCACAUCUGCCACGGACUUGGUAUUGGCUUGGGAUGUGCCAUGCCAGGUUCUGUCUUUUUCCCAAGUCUGUCUUCUGUAAAUACUUUUCAGCUCCUAAAUGACCAGUUUUAUAAUUCUCAUAGUUUAUUUUUUUAAAAAAAGGUAUUUUGUAAAAAUAACUUUUGUGUCCUUAUAGAAAGUGAU